CGUAAUUUAGAUUCGAAAGGUGUCAAAUUUCCAUAAAAGAAGACUAUAAUUAUAUUUGUUACUCCUUCGAUAAAUAAAUCAAUAAGAAAAUACUUACAGAAUGCAGAAUCCUAAUGAGGAUACAGAAUGGAACGAUGUCCUACGAGCGAAGGGAAUUAUUCCUCCAAAGGAGAAAGAAAUCUCCGAGGAACAAAUUGUAAACAUGAUCGAAGAGACCAUACAAAAUAAACAAGCUGAAAAAGAGAAACAACUAUCAGAGUUAGACUUAGAUGGUUUAGAUGAGCUAGAAGAUGAGGAGGAUGAAGCUGUACUACAGGAGUACCGCAGACGGAGAAUUGCGGAAAUGAAGAGGUUGGCAGAAAAGCCAAGAUUUGGUGAUAUCAGAGAGGUCUCUGGCCAAGAUUAUGUUCAAGAGGUAAACAAAGCUGGUGAAGGCAUCUGGGUUGUUAUACAUCUUUAUAAACAAGGGAUACAAGAAUGUGCCCUUCUAAAUCAGCAUAUGCGGGAACUGGCCGCAAAAUUCCCAUACACCAAGUUCUUGAAGGCAAUGGCUCAGACAUGCAUCCCCAACUACCCAGAGAGAAAUCUACCCAGUGUGUUUGUGUACUUUGAAGGGGAUAUGAAGAAGCAGUUUGUGGGACCACUUGAAUUGAGAGGCACCGCAUUGACUUGUGAUGAAUUGGAGUUCAUCCUGGGUCAAGUUGGAGCUGUUGAUACGAAGAUCAAGGAAGAUCCAAAACCAAAGAUAAAGGACAAAUUGUUCACGGACUUGGGCUGCAAUGAUUGGUGACGGGUAACAGAUGUGUACUGAAUGGUGCAAUAGACAAUAUUUUAUACUUCUUGGUGUGAGGAUGCUUACUGUAUUAUUUAUUAUAGUUUUUAGCCAUUGAUAAAAUAUAAACAUUUGUUCUUUUGAUAAUAUUUCUAUAAAGAUUAUUAACUGUAAGUUUAAUACUACAUUUAGGAUUCCGUAUUAAAAUCUAGAUUUUAUUUGCUAAAAUUUUUGUCUUAUGCAUUUACUGUUUUUUUUAGUAUUUUGACAAAUAUGAACUCGAAUGUCUGAUUCUGUUUUUGUUAAUAAUAAAUCAUAUGCAACUUAUAUUUGUUAAAUUAUUUUAAUAUAGACAACAUUAUAAAAAAUACUAAUUUUAAUAAAAUCGUUUAAAUUUUUACAAUUUAGUCAAUUUUACUUACAUUUUAACUUCUAUGUACUAUUAGUAUUUUAUAGUACUUAACAAGAAUGAAAAUAUUUUAUGAUAAGUGAUUUGUCAUAUAUCGAGCUUGAGAUUUUAUACCAGUGUUUUACAAUAAAAAAAAAUCUGCAAAUAUUCAUUGUUUUUUUUUUAUUACAGCUGACUGGAAAUACAUCCAGGAACUUGUGUAAAGGAGGAAAAUUUUAUUUUAAAAGUUACUGUAAUGGCUUAGCCAUCGCAAAAGCUUGAGUCUAAAGUAUAUACCUUACACUUUAUUUAAAAAUAAAA